AUGGCCUGGGGCGAGGCCGUGGAGACCCGGGACUGGCGCCGGCGCCGGCUCGCGGGCGACGCCCCCGGGGGAGGAAAGCCCUCGGCUCGGCUCGGGGGGCGGCCGGCUGGGCCCGGCUCCGUGGGCGCGCCGCUGCCCCCCGCCCUCCACCCCGGUCACCCCCUCCCAGGGCAGCGCCAAGAGGGGGGCGCGGACUGGGGUCCCCCCCCCGCUGCCGCCUCUGGCUGCAUCUGGCGUCCGUGUGGCCGUCCGAGGCCCCGGGCGCAGGUAAAGCGCGGGGCUGGGGGGCGCAGAGCCGCCCCGGGGCUGGGAACUAGCGUGUCUCCGGGACUCUUGGGGACCCGCCCGCCCCAGUCGCCUGCUGCGCCUCCCGAUCCGCGCCGCUCCCGGACGCACCAGGCCGGAGCUGCUCGUGACUCCGCUCCCCGGGAGAGGAGGCCGGCGCCGGCCCGGGGAGGGCGCACGGGGGACGGCAGCGCCAGCGCCAGCGCCCCGGGGGGCACCAGGCCUCGGCGGCCCGGCCAGGCAGCUCACGAUUCUUCACCGACGCGUAAAAACCAGAUCGCCGCGGAGCCUCCAGCCUCUUGGGCGUCCCCGGAGCCCAGCGGGGGCCUCUCAAAGACGCGGCAGCCCCGGGGGACAGGGCUGUCCCCGCUGGAGCGCGAACCCCGGGACCCAACGCGGGGAGGCAGAAGGGCCGCCGGCCGGAGCGCUGAACGCCGGAGCGCAGCGGAAGCCCCGCGCCAGGCCGAGACCGGCGACCGGCGACCGGCGCCGCCGCGGCCGAGUCGCAGGAAGGUGGCCACGGGGGGGCCCUUCGGAAAGGCAGAAAUAAGAACACACUGUAAAGCCACGACGAUCAAACCAAUAUGGCAUCGCAAGAGGACCAGAGAACGGGAGAGAACGCGGAACCCCAAAAAUAGAUUUCAGCCUCCACCAGAACGUACCGGAUGUCACAGGUAGUAUUUCAGUUCAGCGGGAGAAGGGAAGAUUCCAGAAGGCACCGGAACAUUCAUCUGGAAGCAUCUGUAUCUCCAAAUAAAUUCCAGAUGGAUUAAAAAAUUGAAA